UAGAUUCCUACUGAGUUUCGGUGCAUUUAGAAAAAGUUUAAUUUUUUUUGUGAAAUUGAACGUGCGCAGUCCGCGAAAAAUAAAUCAUGACUGAUAUCAUAGAAGACAUGAAGAUGGUGAAUCUUAACCGCAGAGGAUCGUUGGGUACCUGGAGACAACUGGGCGUCGUUGGUGUCCCAGUCAGUAAGGGCCAGAGAAAAGAUGGGACAGAGAAAGGACCAGAUGCUUUACGUGGAGCUGGGUUGGUAGAAAGGCUAAAAUCAAUUGGAUGUGAAGUCACAGAUCAUGGCGACAUUGACUUUUAUCCUUUAGACAUUGAUCCACACCAUGACAAUGUCAAAAAUCCCAGAAAUGUCGCACAAGGAACACUCGCGACUGCAGACAAAGUGGAACACGUGCUACGUACAGAGGGACAUUGUCUUGCCAUAGGUGGUGACCAUAGCAUGGCCAUUGGUACAAUCAUGGGGCAUGCGCGAGUUGACCCGGAUGUGGCUGUGUUGUGGAUUGAUGCGCACGCUGAUAUUAACACACCAUUGACAUCCGACAGCGGAAAUAUUCAUGGCAUGCCCUUGUCCUUUCUUGCAAGGGAGCUUGACCCAUAUGUACCGCACAUGCCUGGUUGGGAAGAUAUCCAAGCAUGCAUUGACUGUGACCAGAUUGCUUGGAUUGGUCUUCGUGAUGUAGAUCCUGGUGAAAGUAAAAUCAUUGACGAGUUUGGGCUGAAUGCAUUCAGUAUGCAGGAAGUAGACAAACAUGGGAUAAGAGAGGUUCUUGACAGGGCCUUAAAGGCCAUUGACCCACACGGCAACAAGAAAAUCCACGUGAGUUUUGACGUUGACGCUAUGGACCCUGCCCACACACCAAGCACUGGUACCCCAGUAGCCGGUGGUCUGUCUGUCAGAGAAAUAUCCUAUAUUGCAGAAGAGAUUGCUAAUACAGGCCGGUUAUCAAUGGUUGAUGUAGCAGAAGUUAACCCAAACAUCGGUUCAUCAGCAGACGUAAGCCAAACAUUGAAAUCAACUAUUGAUGUUGUCGCACGUUUCUAUGGCAACCGUCGACGCGGAAGCUACAAACCAGACUAUUCUAUUCCGGAAGUGCCUGUAAAUAUUCGAAGAAGCUCUAUUCACGCGCUUUCUAACGCGGCUAUUGAAAAGUUUGCGAGUUAAAAUGCACGCAUAUGCAUGUGACAUUGAAGAACUUUUAUUGUUUUUAUUAUGAACUACAAGUUUUACUUAAUUAAUAUCCAAUGGAACAUUGAAAAAAAACUUUCAAGUAACUUUGCUAUAUGUGUACAGUGUUGCUUUUUCAUAUAUACCAUCGUAAACCACAAAUAACAUAUCUUAAUUUUAAAUGUGGCUUUAUGACAGUAAUAUAUGUAAAAAUGGGUUUUAUCUGGACUCGUUUGAAUAUUUGGGAUAUGUUUGACUUCAUCACUUUAACCUUUACAUUAGAUAAGUCAAAUAAUUGCGAUAACCAUGUACAUGUACAUAGUCUGUAAAUUUCCAUAUCUACAUUUUUCGUUAUUGUUCAUUCAUGUAUUUUUCAUUCCAUAUAUAUGUGUUGUUAUUUUGAAAAUAUAUGUUUUAAUGCUCAUUACGAAUAAAACUGUAAUAAAAUAUAUAACUUUUUAAACAUUUGUUAUGAAAUUAAAUAGUUGCAAUAAAUAUUAAAAUACAA